AUGGGGAGGAGGGAGGGGGGAGGGGGGAGGGGAAGGGGAUGGGGGGAGGGCAACAUUAAACCCUGCCGAAGGUGUGACCUCAAGGACACUUGCCUCCAGGCUGCCCCUGGCUGGGAGGGAGGGUCUGGUGGGGCUGCCUUGAGCAGGAGGCCUGAGACCAGAGGUGAGACGGCUGAGCCCCAUGUGUGCCCCCUGGGGACUACACUGAUGGGCUCAGCACCACCUGGGACAGGCCAGUGGGAAGCCCCAGUUGUGCCUUGGCUGCACAUCCGGCAAGGAUGUGGUCCUAGGGGCCUCCGUGCCCUGCCCCAGCCUCGCCCGGUUCCAGUGGCUGGCAGCUUGUCACCAGGGGUGGCCCGGGCAUCCUCCUCACUGUAA